CCAAUCACUUUAACAACCAAAACCUCAACACGCCGUCCUUAGUUUGGAAUUUAACUUUUACAAAAAUCCUUUAUUUUUGAUUGUUUCUGGGUUUUUGGGUUUUCAAUCUUCAAUCUUCCAAUUUUGGGUUUUUGGGUUUCUGGGUCAUGAGCCUGUAAUUUUCGAUGGCGAAACCAAAAGCUCCGAGACAAACCCUCAACUCCUACACUGUCAAACCCAUCAACAAGACCGUCAGAGCCGGCGACUGCGUUCUGAUGCGGCCGUCGGAGCCGGGGAAGCCGUCCUACGUGGCGAAGAUCGAGCGGAUCGAGGCGGACAGCCGCGGAGCCAACGUCAAGGUCCACGUGCGGUGGUACUACCGGCCGGAGGAGUCGAUCGGCGGCCGGAGACAGUUCCAUGGAUCCAAGGAGGUUUUUCUCUCCGACCACCACGACGUGCAGAGCGCCGACACCAUAGAGGGCAAGUGUACGGUGCACACGUUCAGGGGGUAUAGCAAGCUCGACGCGGUUGGAAACGACGACUUCUUUUGUCGUUUCGAGUAUAAUUCCACUACUGGUUCCUUCAAUCCUGACCGAGUCGCCGUGUACUGCAAGUGUGAGAUGCCUUACAACCCUGAUGACCUCAUGGUUCAGUGUGAAGGUUGCAGUGAUUGGUUUCAUCCUGCUUGUAUAGACAUGAGUGCAGAGGAAGCUGAAAGACUUGACCACUUUUUUUGUGAAGGUUGUUCUCCCGAGGGACAAAAGAAGUUGGAGAAUUCGCAUACUGUCUCCAGACAGUUGGAUACAAAGGUGGAGACAAAACGUCGCCGGAGGUGAUAUUGUAAAUAAAAGUUGACGAGUUAGAGUUACAAUGGAGGAAUCAGAGGUUCUCUCAGGCUUGUGCAACACAGAGGCAUAACCGCUUCACAAAUGGUGCAUUUGUGAGUCAGUGAGAAGACAGAAAACCAAUAUGAAAAAGAGAAAAAAAAAACUUUAUGCUGUCUAUUUGGUUUGAGAUAA